GGGAUAUCCCGGUGAAUUUUUUCCGUCCCUCCGGUUGCCGCUCGGCAGAACAAGCUAGAUUUACAGUGCUCUAUAUUCAUUGUAACAUUUCCAUUCCCAUUCCCUCACGUCCAAGGCUUGCGAAACUUUUUCUUCUAACUCUCUCCACUCUACAAUCUGUAUAUUUUGGAUUAUUCCCAUACCUUUGUUUCGUUUUCCUUCACCCCAUUAAUUCAAAAUGGCACCAAUUGGCGAUGAUGCCUCGCAGACCCUCCAUGACUUGGUCAACAAACUCGAGUCGAGGGUCAAGGAGCUCGAAGACAAGCUUGCGCAUGCGGCUGGUGGCCCAGCACCAUCUCCUUCUGAGAGCGUCAGAAUGAUUCUUAUGGGUCCUCCAGGUGCUGGCAAGGGAACUCAAGCUCCUAAGAUCAAGGAGAAAUUCUCAUGCUGUCAUUUGGCUACUGGAGAUAUGUUGCGAUCACAAGUUGCGAAGAAGACACCAUUGGGCCGGGAAGCUAAGAAGAUCAUGGAUCAAGGUGGUCUCGUCAGCGAUGAGAUUGUUAUUGGCAUGAUCAAGGCCGAACUUGAAGGCAACUCAGAGUGCAAGGGAGGAUUCAUUCUUGAUGGUUUCCCACGUACAGUCGUGCAAGCAGAGCGCUUGGAUGCCAUGCUUGCAGAGCGCAACCAAAAGCUACAACACGCAGUUGAACUUCAAAUUGACGACAGUCUUCUUGUAUCCCGCAUUACUGGACGUUUGGUGCACCCAGCCUCAGGCCGAUCGUAUCACAGAGUAUUCAACCCACCUAAGACAGACAUGAAGGACGAUAUCACUGGUGAACCAUUGGUCUCAAGAUCCGACGACAAUGCUGAAGCUUUGAAGAAGAGACUUGUUACCUACCACGCUCAAACUGCCCCUGUCGUUGGUUAUUACCAAAAGACCGGCAUCUGGAGUGGAAUUGACGCUUCACAAGAGCCCGGCGCCGUUUGGAAGUCACUUUUGGGCGUAUUCGACAAACAAAAGGGUGCUAACGGUUCGAUACUUAGCAAGAUUACCGGUCGCUCUUAG